AUGUCAGCUGAAGAUUAUAAUAAGUUACCUGCAUUCAUACAAAAAAUAAGUAGUCAAUGCAAAGACCACAAUAAGAAGUUCGAACUUUACUGUUCAUCCCAUGCCUGUCCCUGCUGUGUCCAGUGCACCACAGAUAAACAUAAAAAAUGUCAAGACAUGAAACCACUGUCAGAUAUCCUACAGCAAGUCAAAUCAUCUGCCUCAGUUCAACUUUUCGAAAAAGAUUUGAAGAAUGUGAAGAAAAAUUAUGAUGAAGCUAGUAAAUACUUGAUUACCAGGAUCAGUAUCAUCUAUGCUCAGAAAACAAAAGCCAUCGAGGAAAUCCGGUCGACGAGGAAGUCGAUAGUGGAUUACUUAAACAAGCUAGAACAAAUCAUGCUAGAUGAUUUGGAAUCUGAACAUUCGAAGCUGAAAUCAAACAUGGCAACUCUAGUUGACCAAAUGGACCAGCGAGUCAGUAAAAUAGACCAAAUGCAGAGGGAGUUUACCGAAAUGACACAAUAUGCUACAGAGUUACAAAUGUAUUUUGGUCUGAGAGAAAUUGAGAAAACUACUUUUCAAGUAACUAAAUACAUUGAAGAUUUAGAAAGUGGAGACAACUUUAAUGAACAGAAUCUAGAGGUUAAAAUUUCAUCUGCUCUUCGGUCAAUAUUAAAAGAUGUAAAAUCAUUUGGGGAUAUAAAAAUAAAUACCACUUCAUCUACUCUCCAUAUAAAGACCGUAAGAAAAGAUCAAGCCCAACAUUUGGUUCCAAAAGGUCCAGGAAUAGAUCAUCCUUCUCAAAAAAAACUCAUAAUUCCAGAGGGAAUGAGGUCUUUGGAUAUUUAUGCCACUUUAAUUCUACCAGAUGCAAGUGAUGGUAAAACUUUGGUUAUCAACGAAGAUGGUAGAAAGAUUACUACUGUAAAUCUGAAUGACAAGUCUCAAACAAUCUUAGAAGUGAUUGGGACUGAUUGUAUUUCAUUGUUCCAAGGAAAAAUAUAUUGUGCUGUUUACCAUGAAAACAAAGUCUACUGCUACAAAAUUACUGGUGAACCGCUGUGGACAUUUCAGCACCAAGAUAUUGCCAAGCCAACAGGAAUUACAUUAGACAUAAAUGGCUUUAUUUAUAUAGUUUCUAAUGAAAACGAAAGCAUUGUGGUAGUAUCGCCCGAUGGUAAAACCUGCAAAACAAUACUAUCAAAGGCUGAUGAAAUCACAGAUCCUUGGGAAAUAGACAUUAACAGAAAAACCGGAUUGAUGGUUGUGUCAAGUGAUAUAAGUGACGAUAGUGGUGAUAGUGGUGCAUCCUAUCAAACAGCUUUUGUAUAUAAAAUUUAA